UAGCAUAUAUACAUAUACAUAUAUCUCCACCGCAUUGUUGUUGAUUGCGGCGCCAUUGCGCGAGAUUGCACGCGUCGCCAUCUCGAAGCGCAACGGAGAUCGCAUGAUUUAUGGCGCACCGCUUUUGUAAUUUACUUACGCAUAUCGAAGUGACUCAAGCCUCCCGCGCGCGACACUGCCGUCUCGAUUGUAUUUUUGCAUUCGCAUUUCGCAGCUAUUACGAGACCUCGGGGAAGAGCGAGUGCCCAGUGCUCGGACAAUCGGUCGGAUCUAGGAGCUUCGAAGUUGAAGUUUAACUCGUGUUUUCCUUGCGAUAUAAUAAACGGCCCGAGACGAGGUGUUGCUGAGAGCGGCGUCGAAAAUCUUAUCAGCCUCGUCUUCGUCGGGGAGGUUCUCGUUACAGGUUAACUCGCCUCUCCCCCUCCCCCCUCGCUUGUAAACACGGAAUUGUCGAAGGCACAAUGUCUGACGAACAAUUCUCCUUGGUGUGGAACAGCUUCCCAAGGAACCUGUCCUCGGGCUUGUACACCCUGCUGACAGACGAGCAUCUCGUGGACGUCACGCUGGCCGCCGAAGGUCAAAUCCUGCGAGCCCACAAGCUGAUACUGUCAGUCUGCAGCACGUACUUCCGAGAGCUCUUUAAGGGAAACUCGUGCAAGCAUCCCAUUGUCAUACUGAAAGAUGUCAAUUAUCGAGAUUUGUCGGCUAUGCUGCAUUUCAUGUAUCAAGGAGAGGUCAAUAUCAAGCAGGAGGAUAUUGCCAGUUUUCUGAAAGUUGCAGAGGCUCUACAAAUAAAAGGACUGACCACAGAAUCAGAAGAGAAAUUCAAAGAAACUUUUGGGAAAAAUGACGAGGACUUCGAGGAUCGUGGUUUCUAUGAAGUGGAGAGGGACAGAUGCGAGCCUGGCGCUACGGACGAAAGCGUCUCGACGUUCGGCAGGCUGACGCACAUCGUGAAGGAGCAGUCGACGACGAGGCAAGGCACCUCGACGGAGGACGUCUCGAUGAGAGAAGAGUCGUUCACCGAGCAAACGUCAACCGUCACCGAGCCUUGCCAGUGGCAAAGUUGCACGGAGGCCGACUACAGUGCACCGGACGCGCGGACGGCGUUCAGCGAGAGAAGCAGAAGCACGGAGGUGCCGUGCGACGUGGAGGAACAGCCGUUGGACUGCACGUCCGACGUGAGUCAGCCGCAGUUGUCGGCCAAGCACGAGCCGCUGGAUUAUACGGUGGACACGGAUGGAGAUACGGGAUACAGAUACGCGGCGGAAAAUGUACUCUAUCCCGGCAACGAGAACGCGCCGAAACAAGAUUUCGCGCCAGACACGCAGUUAGUUCCCUACAAUCAGAAUUCACAAACUCAGCCGUUCGGUUUGAGCGACACGGUGACUUAUCCAAGUGACUUGCCGUACGAGCAAACGACAAACUCCUCCAGUAAUAAGGGACGGCGUACCGUCAAGGGUAUACCCGGCAGCAGCUUGCCGUUGGAGACGACGCUACGCGUCGUCUCGCAACUGGGCCCGACGUUGCGCAUAGAGCACGGCAAGGUGAUACGCAUGUACGCUUGCCCGUGGUGCCUGCGCCAGUUCACGCGCAAGGAGAACCUCAAGCUCCACGUCCGCUACAUACACGGCCCGCUCGAAAGUCUCACGUGUAAGCUUUGUGGCAAUAAAUAUAAGAACAGUAACAGUCUGCGUGUACACUCCUACCUCUAUCACAACGCCAAGCGGGAUAAGGGCAGCAAGUCGUUGACGGCCGGCGACGACGGUGUCAGUAUCGACGGCGACGGCGGUACCGUCGACAGCGGCGGUGACGGCGUGUGAACGCACGGUCAUCUUGCGAAGUUUUUUUCUUUUUUUUUUUCUUUUUUUUUUCUUUGACGAGCCCGCCGAAAAAGGGCAACGAGGAUUAAAGUAUGUUUGUGUGCGCGCGCGCGUGUGUGUGUGUGUGUAACGAGAUAAAAACGGAGUGCGACGUAUGCCGCGACUGAAAUUGUUAUAUUUAUACCUGCGCACCAUGCUAUAACUCGCACAGUCUAGACAUAUAAGUACGACUAUUUCUAUACGAUGCUAAAUAAGCGAGAAGUUUAUAGAAAUAAAGCGCCUUAUUGUACA